AUGGCGGCUGUCAGCCCGUCCGUGUCGGCACGGUCGCACACGAGCAGCGUGUUGAGUAAGACCGACUCAGAACACAAGGACGAUGCCGCCGCCGCGACCCCCGGGGAGGUGCUGGUCAAGCGGGAGCCGGUCGUCCCCCUCACGUCCCCGGUGUGCGGGCUGCAGCCGCUCCGCUGGUCGCAGGACCACCGCCUGGCCGCCUGCACCGCCGGCUCGCUGGCCGUCAUGGAGCUGCAGGUGGACGGAGACAAGCAGGACCUGCGGCUCGCCAGGACCUCCAUCCCCGUCCCGAGUCAAGCAUAUAAAGUGCUGGUGGGACCAUCAGCAGAACUAUCUCAAGCCAUGAACACAUUCACAACGCAUCCAGACAUCAAAAUAAGGCAAGUUUUCCUGGCUGACCAGCUGAUCCACCGGUCCGUAGGCAUGCACAAAGGAAUCAAGUAUGCCAGUUGGUCCCCAAUAGGUUGCGACUCUAUCGGACGCUGUCUGCUUGCGUGCCUAACACUUGAAGACAGACUAACCAUUCAUAACAGCCACAAGCCUCUCGACUGGAACAUGCUUGUCGAUCUUACCAAAAAGUACGGCGAGAGGCUAACGGAGCGAGGCUACGCCAGAAAAGAUGGCAAGCGGCCAAAGGCAAACUUGCUGGACUUUGAUGAGCUGCAACGGCGUUUCCGUAUGCAGUCGCCCUUGAGAAUGGAGUGGUCAAGUAUUUACUCCAUCAGUCAAGUUCAGCCAGACAACUCGAUUGUGGACGUGGAGAUGGUCCUCCUUGCGGUUUUAAUGGAUAACGGGGACAUUGUUUUAUGGAAGUUUGAAUUGCCUUUUACAAAUGGGGAAGACGUGAUGUUUUAUGAUCUUAUUGAAUCAAGUGUGAACAGACCCACUGACUUGGCUUGGUGGGAAUAUAGAAAGGCAGCUCGUCAAAUGAGUGGCCUGAUCAUCGGCAGUGAGGAGGGACCUGUUAAGAUCAUGCCUGUCAGUCUGACAGGAGUGAAGGGCUACUUUACCCUCAAACACCCCAUCAUCCUGUGGAAAGAGUGCGACGGGAUUCCCGUUGAAAACAUCAGAUGCGUUUCACUGAUCCAUCCCAUCCAUAAAACUCCCUGCAGCCUCAUCGUGGCCUCUCGGGGCUGCUAUGUCUUUUGGUGUUUGCUCCUGAUUUCAUCAGCUGGACUAAACGUCCAAAAUGCUCACAUAACAGGGCUGCAUUCACUUCCCGUGGUCUCCGUCGCAGUCAGCCAGCAUGACGCUACAGUCUACACAUGUUCCAUGGACGGGUGGAUUAAGAAGCUGACACCACAGUUUAAUGAGAACUUGAUUUUUAAUCAGGAGGACAUUCAACUACCUGAGAGCCUCUCGGGGAGGAGGUUUCACGGGAUUGCUGUGAGCCACAAUGGAGCAUAUAUUGCCCUUGUUAGCACGCAAGGUAUUGUUGAUGGCUUUCACCCGACUAACAGGACUUACCAGGUUCACUUUGUGACUCUUAAAACAGCAGAAACUGCAGCAGCGCUGCUUAUGAAGUCCACCACCCAGAGCUUGUAUAAAAUGGCUGACCUACUUGACUUGGUGAGGUGGAACGUUCUGAAGCACAAAUGCAUCCCCAAGCUGGACGAACUCAAUAAGAAAAUUCAGCAAGAGGACUCUCCCUACCUCUGGCGGCUCAAGCUCUUUCUGCUGCGUAUACUCCAACAGUCACUACAGGCUCCUCAGACAGAUGACAUCUGGAGACCUAACCAUUUAGACACCAACGUUCUUCUAAUGAAUGAGGGAGAGAACAAGGCUCUUCUAAUGAAUGAGGGAGAGUGUGGCAAAGAUAAUGAAGCCGCUGAAAGAGAGGAACGCUGGUGGGAGUGUAAUGGAAUCCACCUGGGGAAUGAGAAAAGUGAAGACGAGGAGAUUGCUAUGGUGCGGGCUGAGGUCAGGACUGCAGAGACCCACCUGGUGAGGGAAAAUAUGAAGAAAGUCUUGGGGAUGGUGUACCUCAACACCUGGAUCGGUGAGAACACCAGCGUACCUACAUGUGGCCUGAUGGAUUAUCUUUCCAAAGAUGCCAGUGAUAAAGCAGCAGAGGUCUUGAUCAACCACGUGAGGAAUAAGACGAACAAGCAGACGUUCCCCGAGCGCUGCAGCCUCUGUCAGGCCGUGUUGCCCUUCACAGACCACACAAAAGCCACCUGUGAAAAAGGACACACGUGGCUCAGGUGUGGGUUAUCAUACCAGGCCUGCCAGACCCUGACGUUCAGACGGUGCCUCUUGUUGGAUACCAUUGCCAGACUGCCAGAACCUGAGGAUCCAGAGUGGAUAAAGAAGAUUCUGCAGGCGCCCUGCAUCUUCUGUGACUCGCCGAUGAUCUAAACAUACGGAGAAACCUCCAGACAUCCCUGCGCCCCUCAGAACUCCCUUUUCCUGACACAGGAUUCACAACAAGAGUUCUGAAUUUUAAGUAGUUUUUUUUUUUUUAAUAAAGGAGUUUUUAAUUGAGCUUUUAUUAUGUUAUUUUUUACUAAGAUUUUUUUUUUUUUUUACCAGUGUCUUUUAACAUUAAAUAAAAAGCUUUGAUAUCUG